GUUUGUUCAAAACGGUAUAGAGUCUCACGGAGGGUGGUUGUAUUACGCUCGAACUCUCCAUUAAAAUUACGAUUAAAACAAAAAUAUACGUGUCUUUAUUUAUUUUUCAAAAAGAAAAUUAACUCGGUUAUUGUGGAAAAAAAAGUGAAAUGCGCGUACAAAUUGUGACUUGACAGUGAAGGGAAAAGUGUUUUAUUUUUUUUUUUUUUUGGAGCAAACCAUAAUAUUCAAUAUAGAAUUAUAUAUAUAUAUAUACACAUAUAUAUAUCUAUAUAAAUUGUAAGGGACUUUAUAUAUUGAUUUCCUCAUUAUAGGAAAACGAGAAAUUAUAAUAUAUAUUAUUCGUAUAUAUAUAUAUAUAUAUACAGUGAUUGUGUAUGUGAGAAGAAAGGUGAUAAAGGGGUAAAAGUUUAAGAAGGAGGAUAACGAAAAAUAAUAAAACGAUUCGGGGGUGGCGAGAAGGGAGUGAUGACGGGCGUGGAAGGAAAAGGUGGCGGGGGCGAAGGGGGUACUGAUAGUUCCGAUAAUACAAAUGUGAUUAACAAUGCUAAUGUUAAUACAAGUCAUCAAAACGGAGGAACGGAGAAAGCUCCCGUUGUAGGUGGAACAAACGUUGAAACAUUGCCUCGACCAGGAAAACAGAGUGACCCUAGCACAGAGUUCCUACGAGCGGCAAGAGCGGGAGAACUCGAAAAAGUUUUAGAAUUUUUAGAAUCCGGAGUGGAUAUCAAUACUUCUAAUGCUAAUGGACUGAACGCACUGCAUUUGGCUUCAAAAGACGGUCACAUAGAAAUCGUUAAAGAAUUAUUAUCUAGAGGUGCCCGCGUUGAUGCUGCAACGAAAAAAGGAAAUACAGCACUGCACAUUGCUUCUCUUGCGGGUCAAGAGGAAGUGGUACGAUAUUUAGUUGAACAAGGUGCUUCAGUUAAUGUACAGUCUCAAAAUGGAUUUACCCCUUUAUAUAUGGCUGCCCAGGAGAAUCAUGACUCUGUUGUUAAAUUUCUGCUCAGCACGGGGGCCAGUCAAAGUCUUGCCACCGAGGAUGGUUUUACCCCAUUGGCUGUAUCAAUGCAGCAAGGACACGAAAAAGUUGUAACCGUACUUUUGGAGAGUGACACUCGGGGUAAAGUUAGAUUACCGGCACUUCAUAUUGCCGCUAAAAAAGAUGAUUGUAAAGCAGCUGCGUUGCUGUUACAGAGCCAUCACAAUCCAGACGUGACUUCAAAAAGCGGUUUCACACCACUUCACAUUGCUUCACAUUAUGGAAAUGAUAGAAUAGCAUUUUUUUUAUAUGAAAAAGGAGCGGAUGUAAAUUUCGCUGCCAAGCACAACAUUACUCCAUUGCACGUGGCAGCGAAAUGGGGAAAAGUUAAAUUGGUUAAUUUCCUCAUAAGCAAAGGUGCAAAUAUUCAGGCAAAAACAAGAGAUGGUCUUACACCUCUUCAUUGCGCUGCAAGAUCAGGACAUCAUGAAGUAAUUGAUAUACUUAUAGAAAAAGGAGCGCCAAUUGGUUCUAAAACUAAGAAUGGCCUCACUCCUUUGCAUAUGGCUUCGCAAGGAGAUCAUGUGGAUGCUGCGAGGAUUUUACUCUAUCAUCGAGCACCUGUCGAUGAAGUGACAAUGGAUUAUUUAACGGCAUUACACGUUGCCUCACAUUGUGGUCAUGAUCGUGUGGCAAAGCUUCUCCUCGAUAGAAAUGCUGAUCCCAAUGCUCGAGCACUUAAUGGCUUUACACCUCUUCACAUUGCUUGUAAAAAGAAUAGGCUCAAAAUUGUUGAAUUGCUUAUAAAACACAAAGCCAGUAUUGAAAAUACGACGGAGUCUGGACUAUCGCCUUUACACGUUGCCAGCUUUAUGGGUAGUAUGAACAUCGUAAUUCUCCUGCUUCAGCACGAAGCAUGUCCGGACGUUCGGACAAUUAGGGGAGAAACACCGCUUCAUCUCGCAGCUAGAGCAAGUCAGACUGACAUAAUUAGGAUACUUUUAAGAAAUUCAGCACAAGUUGACGCUAGGGCGAGGGAAGAGCAAACGCCUCUUCAUGUUGCCUCGAGACUAGGAAAUGUUGAUAUUGUAAUGUUGUUGCGUAAGCACGGAGCUGAUGUAGACGCCACAACAAAGGAUCUCUAUACGCCUUUGCACAUUGCAGCCAAGGAGGGUCAGGAAGAGGUUGCAGCUGUUUUGUUAGAUAACAGAGCUUCACUGACAGCCACGACCAAAAAAGGAUUCACUCCCCUACAUCUUGCAGCUAAAUACGGUAACAUAACUGUUGCUCGACUUUUGUUGCAGAAAAAUGCACCAAUUGAUGCUCAGGGAAAGAAUGGAGUUACGCCAUUACAUGUAGCAUCGCAUUACGAUCAUCAAAAUGUGGCGCUACUCUUACUUGAAAAGGGUGCCUCGCCACAUGCCAUGGCCAAAAAUGGUCACUCACCGCUUCACAUUGCCGCUCGCAAGAAUCAGAUGGAUAUAGCAACGACUUUAUUAGAAUAUGGAGCGAAAGCAAACGCUGAAUCAAAAUGUGGAUUUACUCCCCUUCAUUUGAGCGCUGAAGAAGGACAUACGGAUAUGUCAACGUUGCUCAUUGAACAUAAAGCUGAUACCAAUCAUAAAGCAAAAAAUGGACUCGUACCGCUGCAUUUGUGCGCACAAAAUGACAAAGUCAACGUUGCUUCGAUUCUCGUCAAGAACGGAGCUCAAGUCGAUGCAGUAACUAAGGCUGGCUAUACACCGUUGCACGUUGCAUCUCACUACGGACAAGCAGCAAUGGUACGAUUUCUCUUAAGAUCAGGAGCUGAUGUUGAUUGCAGUACAAACGCUGGAUAUACGCCUUUACAUCAUGCUGCUCAACAGGGCCACACACUCAUUAUUAAUUUGCUUCUCGAAAGCAAAGCAAAUCCCAAUGCUGUUUCAAAUUAUGGACACACGGCUUUGGAUGUUGCAAACAAAAUGGGCUAUAUCAGUGUCAUAGAAACUUUGAAAGUUGUAACGGAAACGACAAUAACGACAACUCACACAAUCACAAUUGAGGAGAAAUAUCGAGUUCAAGCUCCUGAAUCGAUGCAGGAAACAUUUAUGAGUGACAGUGAAGAUGAGGGUGGUGGUGAUGAAAUCGACGUGGCUGCCAUGAAUGUGUACGGUCAACCGCCACACGCACAACAUGUGUACCUUCCUUCCUACUACCAGGGCCAUAUGACCUACACUCGCGAAGAUCCGAUGCUCAGCGAUCAACAACAGUAUCGUUAUAUGACUGGUGAUGAUAUGAAAUCAAUGGGAGACGAUUCUAUGCGUGUAAACGUCACCGACGACGAGAGGGAUAAUCGACAUUCUGGUGAUCGACUAAUUACAGAGAUGAUCACCAAAGAAAAUUAUAAUCGCUCGCACGCCGCAAAUUUGAAGCCAGACAAUAUUGACAUCAACAGGCAUCCCGUUCACGUUGGCGCGUCACUAGAGUCCUUAAAUACAUCGCUGGCUGCCCUUGGUAUCGUGCCAAAAGGACAAGGAAUGUGGAGGGACAGCUUUUUGGUAUCGUUCCUGGUGGAUGCACGCGGUGGAGCAAUGAGAGGUUGUCGACACAGUGGAGUACGAGUUAUUGUUCCUCCUCGUAAAGCGGCAAUGCCCAUGAGAGUGACAUGCAGAUAUCUCAAGAGGAGGGACAAAUUAACCAGUCCACCACCUUUAAUGGAGGGAGAAGCUUUAGCAAGUCGUAUUCUUGAACUUGGACCAGUAGGAGCUAAAUUUUUGGGACCUGUUAUAAUUGAGGUACCACAUUUUGCCUCAUUAAGAGGAAAAGAAAGGGAAAUAGUGAUUCUUCGAUCAGACAAUGGAGAAACCUGGCGUGAACACACCUUGGAAGCCAGCGAGGAGGCUGUCCAAGAUGUACUCAACGAGAGCUUUGAAGGAGAAGAAUUAAGCCAGCUAGAAGAUCUCCAGACGUCUCGAAUCGUACGAAUCCUCACAGUCGAUUUCCCCCAUUAUUUCGCUGUGGUAUCGCGAAUCAGACAAGAAGUACAUGCAGUUGGUCCCGAGGGAGGUACAUUAUCAUCAUCUGCCGUACCGCAGGUGCAAGCCGUGUUUCCAAAAUGCGCCCUCACCAAAAAAAUCCGAGUUGGACUACAGGCACAUCCUAUACCAGCCGAAUUGGUGGCUAAACUUUUAGGCAAUCGUGUGGCUGUUUCGCCAAUUGUCACGGUUGAACCAAGACGAAGAAAGUUCCAUAAACCAAUAACUCUGACAAUACCAGUACCUCAAGCUGCAAAUAAAGGAAUGAUUAAUCAGUACUCGGGCGAUGCGCCAACAUUGAGGCUUCUUUGCAGUAUCUCUGGCGGUCAGACUCGAGCUGUCUGGGAAGAUGUGACCGGGUCGACACCAUUGACCUUCGUUAAGGAUUGUGUCUCCUUUACAACAACUGUCUCGGCCCGUUUCUGGUUAAUGGACUGCCGAAACAUAACAGAGGCUUGUAAAAUGGCAACUGAUCUUUACACUCACGCAACCCACGUACCUUUUAUGGCCAAAUUUGUAGUAUUUGCAAAACGCAUUCAUCCAUUAGAGGCAAGGCUUCGCGUGUUCUGCAUGACUGAUGACAAGGAAGACAAGACUUUGGAACAUCAGGAACACUUUACCGAAGUCGCCAAGAGCCGAGAUGUUGAGGUUCUUGAGGGUAAAACUCAAUACAUGGAAUUCGCUGGUAAUUUGGUACCUGUACUGAAAAGUGGUGAACAAUUGCAAUUACCAUUCCGGGGUUUUAAAGAGAAUCGAGUUCCAUUUACCGUGAGGAUAAAAGAUCCUGAUGCUGCUGACAUGAUGGGAAGAAUAAUGUUUAUGAGCGAGCCAAAAGUAGCGAAAGGCGAACCACCACAAACGCCAAUUUGCACAUUAAAUAUUCUUUUGCCUGAUCGAAUUUCACCUGACGCGAAUGUUUCUCAAUUGGAUCUUUUGGAAUUGUCGAAAAAUUACAGUUUCCUGCGAGACGGCGGAAUAAGUACACCAGACACAUUUCACAGAGCGACAAUUCGACUGACCGAUAUUGCAAAUUUACUUGAUUACGAUUGGGAACAAUUAGCCGCGGAACUGAAUAUCAGUCCAAAAAAAGUUGAGGAAAUCAAAGAGGAAUACCCGGAUAAACCUGCUCAGCAGGCUGCGGCUAUGUUUAAAGUAUGGAAAGCGGAUGGAAAUAAAGCAACUGGUAAUACAUUAGAGAAAGCAUUGCAAAAAAUUGGUCGUGAUGAUAUUGUGAAAAAGUGCAUAUUUAACGUUGAACUUGUGACCGACGAUGUUGAAAAAGCCGUUGCCAAAGUGAGAAUUGACCAACCUGGGUUCGAUUCGCUUAAAGAAGAAUUGGGACCUUCAAGGGAUACUUCACUUAGACGCAAUGUUACUUUGGACCCGAAACUCGAUCCGGAUUAUGAAGAACCCGAUCGAAUGAAAGACUCGGAGUCUUUGGAAGAUCUUGUUAUUAUUGCAUCAACACCUGAGAAACCAACCAAGCCGCACGUCACAAUCACGAACGGCACUGUAUUCAACGGUACCUCGACCCCCAAGAAAGACAAAUACGCCAGUGAUGAGAAAGAAUUUGAAGACAUGAUGGCUGAUUUUGUUCAGCACAAAUAUCAAGAGUCAGAUCCCAUGAUAAAUAUAAGUCAGGAUGAUACUGACGACGAAUUCUUAAAACGACAGAAAAUAAUUGCCGAUGCCAGCAAAUUAGUUUCUGGUGUAAAACAAGAUGCUGAGAAAGAGAAGGGGAAGUUAGCGAUGGAAGGGUGGUCGGUGGUUUAUGAUGACGAUAAACAACGUAGUAAAGAGGUAGGAGGCGCUGUAGGGAAACAGUUAGAAAAAAUGAGCGACACAAUUACAAAAACAUCAACAAUUUCAGUAACAACAAUAGAGACUCGGGUUUUGCAAAAACCAGACACAACUGGGGACAAGCAAACCGUUAUUGUAACUGAAAGCAGUGUAGAUAGAUCUAGGGAAACAAGUGGACCAAUUAAGAGUAGGGAUAGAGAUUCUUUAUCGAAAAGUGAUAAUUUAGGUGAAUCAGUGUCAGGUACUAAGGGUAAAACGAAAACGGUAAGUGAUACGAAAAAGGAUAAAGAAAAAUUAAUAUCACCGAAAAUAGACUCUUCCAAAGGAAGCAAAAAACCAAAAGGAAAAGAAACAGAAAAACAGUUAGGUGAAAAAGUGCAACAAACCGCAGAAGAAGCAAAGGAAAAAUCAGAAAUGGAGAAUAAAAAACUUAAGGAUAAAUCUGGGAAAAUGUUCUCAGGUAUAUUUAAAGGAUCAAAAGGGAAAAAGUCCAAGGACUCAAAGGAUUCUUCAUUUGAUAGUGGUGAUGAAGAAACGAGAAUAAUGACUUCUAAAUUUUUGGACGAUACAAGAAAAGCUGCAGAUGAUACAGAUGGCUUAACUAAUGGUGUUCAUUCAUAUGAAACUAAGCCUACACAGGACGUAAAAACAGCGACUGCAGUAUUUUUAGAUGAUUCCAGAAAAGCUGCAGCCAGAUUUGGGGAUAUUGUUGAUGAAACAGUAGAGCCGAAGAAAGUUACUGUUGUUGAUGCAGAUGAAGGUAAAGAAAAACCUGGUGGAUUCUUUGGAAUUUUUAAAAGUCCAAAAUCAAAGGAAAAAAGACGCAGUAAAUCUAGAGAAAAAGAAUCGUCAGCUGAAAGUGGCGAUGAUGAAGUGAGAAUCACCACCGCUAAAUUCCUCGAGGAUGUUCGAAAGAAUGCAGGAUCACCUGACUUACCUUUCAUUGACAAACUUGAUUCAAAAGUCGACUUUCACGAGGAACUUGGUCGAUUCUCAGCAUAUACCAAUUAUGAUUCCGAUGCUCCUACAGAUAAACUUAAAGGAUCAUCGUAUAAUAUUUCGGAAUUACCAACGCAAGUGAAGGAUGAUAAGGUGAAGAAGCAAAAAUCACUUGUGAGUUCUGAUCCUGCCACUACUGAAGAUGAAAGUCAAGAUGACAGUCAAGAAAAGUCCGGUGGAUUCUUUGGCAUUUUUAGGAGUCCGAAAUUAAAGAACAGAAAACGAAGCAAAUCUAGAGAACCAUCUUCAAAAGAAGCUUCAGUAGAUAUAACUGAUGCUGAUUUAAGAAUUCAGACAGCUCAAUUUUUAGAUGAUACAAAGAAACAAUCAGAUAAACUUCAUGAACAUAUUCCAGACACAAUUCAAGAACACGUGACAGUUAAUAUUGUCGACAACACAACUUCUAGUCAAGAUAAACCAACAGAGAUACCUAAAGAAGAAUCAAAAGAGAAAGGUAGCACGAUAUUUGGUAUGUUUAGAAGUCCAAGAGGUCUUAAGAGAAGAAGCAGAUCGAAGGAUAAAAGUACAUCGAGAGACACAUCAUUUGACAGUGGCGAUGAGGAGGUACGAAUUGCAACUGCUAAAUUUUUAGAAGACAGUAGAAAAAUAGCUGGAGAAAUAGAUGCGUGUCCUUAUAAGACGUACGCCUUUUAUGAAGAAAUGAAACAAACAAAUAAAGAUGCGAAAGUUAGUGAAAAACAUGUAACAGAUAAGACAUCUCAUGACGUUACUGAUUCAGCAAUAAAAAUUUCGAAACAGACAUCAGAUGAAAUACAAAAAGGAACCGAAACUGAUGAUGCAGCCAAAGAAAAAAAUAAGAAGGCUAAAGACAAAUCAGGAGGAUUUUUAUCAGGAAUAUUUAAAGGUGCUAAACAUGCGGUAGAUGAUGUUACAGAUGAUGUCAAAGAAUUCUUGGAUGAAACUAAACACGAAGCCGAAUUAGAAGAACAGCGAGCUCGGAAAGCUGCUGAAGAUUUAUCUAAGGAUAUUAAAGACUCAAAGGAUAAGGCAGUUUCUGAGAUUAAAGAUGAAUCAGCUGCAGUUAAAGAUAAAGUAAGUGAAGGUGUCGAUUCAGCAGUUGAGAAAGUUAAAACUGCAGAAGAAAAAGUGUCAAAGGAUGCGGAGACACUAAAAGACACAAGCAAAAAAGUAGCAAAAGACGUUGCAGAUACAGCUGCUAAGGAAUCUAAAAAGGCUAAAGAUAAAGCUGGUGGAUUCUUAUCUGGCAUAUUCAAAGGUGCAAAGCACACUGCAGAUGAAACUGCAGACGAUACUAAAGAAGCCAUCGAUCAAACAAAGAAAGAGGCUGAGAAAGGUAAAGAUAGUUUGCAAAAAACAGCAGAACAUAUAUCAACUGAUGUAAAAGAUGUCAAGGAUAAAGUAAUUUCUGACAUAAAAGAAUCUGCUGAUGACGCAAAGGAAAACUUAGCAGAUACUGCUCGGUCUAUUAAAACAACAGGAAGUAAAAUUGCAACAGAUGUUAGUGAUACAAAAGACAAAACUGUUCAAAAAGUGAAAAAAGAUGCAAAAACUGUAAAGGAUGUAGUAUCACAAGAAGCUGAAGCAGUUGUGGAUGCAGCUGUCGAUGCGAAGGACAAGACCACAAAGGAAGCAAAGAAGGCUAAGGAUAAAGCAGGUGGUUUCUUAUCUGGAAUCUUCAAAGGAGCCAAAAAUGCAGCGGAUGAUGCAUCAGAUGACAUGCAAGAAAUUAUAGACGAUACUAAAGAGGAAGCAGCAGAUGUAAAAGAUCGCAUACAAAAAGACGUAGACAAAUUGGCUAAAGAUGUAGAUGAUACAAAAGAAAAAUUAAAGGAUACAAAAGAAAAAGUUAAGACAAAAAUAUCAGAAGAUGUAAAAGCAGCGUCAGAUAAAGCUAAAGACGUUUCUGAACAGAUGUCAAAGGAAGUGAAAGAUAUCGCUGAUGCAGCAAAAGAUGCUAGUGCAAAAGCUGUACAAAGUGUUGUUGAUGUGAAAGAUUCAGUUGGUAAAGAAAUAAAGAAAGAUGCAAAGGCAGUUAAGGAUAAAGUAAAAUCUGGAGCAGAAGAUGUAUCAGCAGAAGCAGUAAAAGACAAAAUUGCAAAAGAAGCUAAAAAGACUAAAGAGAAAGCAGGAGGAUUUUUGUCCGGAAUAUUUAAAGGUGCAAAACAUGCAGUUGAUGAUGUUACAGAUGAUGUUAAAGAAUUUUUGGACGAAACAAAACAAGAAGCCGAAUUAGAAGAAGAACGGGCUCGAAAAGCUGCUGAAGAAUUGUCUAAGGAUGUAAAGGAAACUAAAGAUAAAGCAGUUAAACAAAUUAAAGAUUCUACUGAAAAAGUUAAAGAUGCUAAAGAUAAAGUAGUGUCAGAUAUUGGUGAUUCUUUAGACAAAGGAAAACAGAAAAUUUCUAAAGAUGCACAAGAUGUGAGUAAUACCGUUAAGCAGACCGCAGAUGACGUUUCGAAAAAAAUUGGAGAAAGUGCAGAUGCGGUUGAGGAUGCUGGUUCAAAAACUGUACAAGCAGUUGUUGAUGUCGGCGAUUCUACAGCUAAGGAAAUAAGGAAGGAUGUCGAGAUUGCAGAGGAAAAAGUUAAGUCAGGCGCUGAGACAGUAAAAGAAACAGCUUCAGCGGCAAAAGACAAAGCUGCCAAAGAAGCUAAAAAAGCGAAAGAUAAAACCGGGGGUUUCUUUUCGGGAAUAUUUAAAGGAGCUAAGCAUGCAGUCGAUGAUGUUACUGAUGACGUUAAGGAAUUCUUGGAUGAAACAAAGCAUGAAACUGAAAUAGAAGAAGAACGUGCUCGUACAGCUGCGGAAAAACUGGCUAAAGAAGCUGAAGACACUAAAGCUAAGGCAGUUAAAAAUGUUAAAGAAUCAGCAGAUAAAAUUAAAGAUGCUAAAGAUAAAGUAAUAUCAGAUGUAGAUAAAUCUUUAGAUGAGGUAAAACAAAAAAUUUCUGAUGAAGCACAUGAUGCAAAGAGUGCUGUGAAAAUUGCAGCCAAAGAUAUUUCACAACAAGCAGGAGAUGUUGUCGCUGGUGUAAAAGACGUUGGUAAAAAGGUAUCUGAAGGUGUAGUAGACGCAAAAGCUGCUGCAACCAAAAAAAUUAAGCAAAAUUCGAACAUUGUAGAAGAGAAAAUGCAAUCUGGAAUAGAGGCCGUAGAGGAAACUGCAGAUGUCACGAAAGCUACAAUUGAAAAAGAAUCCAAGAAAGCAAGGGACAAAGCAGGUGGCUUUUUAUCUGGUAUUUUUAAAGGCUCAAAACAGACAGCUGAUGAAUUUAUAAAAGAUGUAAAAGAAGUAGCAUCAGAAACGAAAAAGGAUGCCGAGAUAGAGAAAGAUAUGGUAUUAAAAGCUACGGAGCAACUUGGAAAAGAUGCAAAAUCUGAAGCCGAGAAAGUAGCAUCGGCAGUAAAAGAUUCAACAGAAAAGAAAUUAGAAGAUGCAAAAGAUACAAUGAAAGAUGCUGGUGAGAAAGUUUCAAAAGGAGUUAACACCGCAAAAGAUGCCGUAAAAGACGCAGGUACAAAAAUUGAGAAAGGAUUGAAAGAAACAAAAGAUGCUGUUAAGGAAGAAAUAAAGACAGACACUAAGAUUGCGGUAGACAAAAUUAAAUCGGGAGGAGAAGCUAUUGCACAAAAAGCAGAAGAUGCUAAGGACAACACUGCUAAAGAAGCCAAAAAGGCAAAAGACAAGACUGGUGGUUUCUUUUCUGGAAUAUUUAAAGGAGCAAAGCAUGCUGUAGAGGAUGUUACCGAUGACAUGAAAGAAUUUCUAGACGAAACAAAACAUGAAGCAGAAUUAGAAGAAGCACGUGCUCGUAAAGCUGCAGAAGAAUUGGCUAAAGAUACAAAAGAAGCCAAAGACAAAGCAGUAAAAAGCGUUAAAGACUCAGCUGAAAAGAUUAAGGAUGUUAAGGAAAAAGUAACAUCAGAUAUUGACACUUCAGUGGAGAAGGCAAAGGAGAAAGUUACAGAUAAAAUUUACGACGCAAAAGAUACAGUGAAAGAUGCAAGUAAAAAAGUUUCAGAAGGUGUCCAUACUGCAGCCGAUUCUAUUCAAGACGCAGGUUCAAAAAUGGCGAAAGAAUUGGAAGAUACCAAAGAUGCUGUUACUAAGGAAAUAGAAAAAGAUUCUAAAAUUGCAGUAGACAAAAUUAAAUCAGAAGCAGAAGCAGUUUCGGAAACCGCAGAGGCUGCAAAGGAUAAAACUGCUAAAGAAGCCAAAAAAGCAAAGGACAAAGCUGGUGGAUUCUUCUCUGGAAUAUUCAAGGGAGCCAAGCAUGCUGUGGAUGAUGUUGCGGAUGACGUAAAAGAAUUUGUAGAUGACACAAAACACGAAGCAGAACUAGAAGAAGAGCGGGCUCGUAAAGCUGCUGAAGCAUUGUCUAAAGAUGCUAAAGACACCAAGGACAAGGUUUUAAAAAGCGUUAAAGAGUCAACUGAUAAGAUUAAAGAUGUCAAGGAAAAAGUGUCAACAGACAUUGACAAAUCACUAGAGAAGACAAAAGAUAAAGUUGAAGAAAAAGUAGAAGAUGCAAAAGAUGGUGUAGCAGAUGUUGGAAGAAAAGUUGCAGAAGGAGUUGAUAGUGCGACCGAUAAGGUGAAAAAUGCAGCCACCAAAGUUGCGGAUGGCUUGGAUGAUACAAAAGAUGCUGUUGCGAAGGAAAUAAAGAAGGAUGCCAAAGUGACAGCGGAAACAAUAAAAUCAGGCGCUGAAGUUGUUUCUGAAACUGCAGAAGCCGCAAAAGACAAAACUGCUAAAGAGGCCAAAAAAGUAAAAGACAAGGCAGGUGGAUUCUUUUCUGGAAUGUUUAAAGGUUCCAAGCAGACUGUUGAUGAUGUUACUAGUGACGUUAAAGAAUUUUUAGAUAAAACAAAGCAGGAAGUAGAAUUGGAAGAAGAAAGUGCUCGUAAAGCUGCAGAAGAAUUGGCUAAAGAUGCGAAAGACGUCAAAGACAAGGCGGCCAAAAGCGUUAAAGACUCAGUUGAAAAGAUUAAAGAUGUUAAGGAAACAGUGACAUCAGAUAUUGACACUUCUUUAGAGAAGGCUAAAGACAAAGUCAAAGAAGAAGUUCACGAUUCGAAAGAUGCAAUUAAAGGUGCAGGUAAAAGGGUUUCAGAAGGUGUCCAUACUGCAGCCGAUUCUGUUCAAGACGCAGGUUCAAAAAUGGCGAAAGAAUUGGAAGAUACCAAAGAUGCUGUUACUAAGGAAAUAGGAAAAGAUUCUAAAAUUGCGUCAGACAAAAUUAAAUUAGCAGCAGAAGCUGUUUCGGAAAACGCAGAGGCAGCAAAGGAAAAAACUGCUAAAGAAGCCAAAAAGGCAAAGGAUAAAGCUGGUGGAUUCUUUUCUGGAAUUUUCAAAGGAGCCAAACACGCUGUAGAUGAUGUUGCAGAUGACGUAAAAGACUUUGUAGACGAAACAAAACACGAAGCAGAAUUGGAAGAAGAAAAGGCUCGUAAAGCUGCAGAAGAACUGGCUAAAGAUGCAAAAGACGCUAAAGACAAAGCCAUCAAAACCGUUAAAGACUCAGCUGAAAAGAUUAAGGAUGUUAAGGAAAAAGUGACAUCAGAUAUUGACACUUCACUAGAGAAGGGAAAGCAAAAAGUCCAUGACAAAAUACAGGACUCAAAAGACGCAGUGAAAGAUGCCAACAAAAAGGUUUCGGAUGGUGUAGACACUGUAACUGCUGCUGUAAAAGAUACUGAAUUAAAAAUUUCGAAAGGCUUAGAAGAUACAAAGGUUGCCGUUGAAAAAGAAAUUAAUGAGGAUGCAAAGAUUGUAAAGGAUAAAAUUAAAUCGGGUGCAGAAAGUGUUUCAGAAACUGCAGAGGCUGCAAAGGACAAAACUACUAAAGAGGCCAAAAAAGUAAAAGACAAGGCAGGUGGUUUCUUUUCUGGAAUGUUUAAAGGUUCCAAGCAGACUGUUGAUGAUGUUACUAGUGACGUUAAAGAAUUUUUAGAUAAAACAAAGCAGGAAGCAGAAUUGGAAGAAGAAAGUGCUCGUAAAGCUGCAGAAGAAUUGGGUAAAGAUGUGAAAGACAAAGCCGUCAAAAGCGUUAAAGACUCAGUUGAAAAGAUUAAAGAUGUUAAGGAAAAAGUUACUUCAGAGAUUGACACUUCAGUAGAGAAAACAAAAGAUAAAGUACACGAUGCAAAGGAUGAAAUGGUAGAUGCUGGUAAAAAAAUAUCAGAAGGAGUUACUUCAGCCGCAAGUACUGUGAAAGAUGCAAGUAAAAAGGUUUCAGAAGGUGUCCAUACUGUAACCGAUUCUGUUCAAGAAGCGGUUUCAAAAAUGGCGAAAGGAUUGGAAGUUAGCAAAGAAUCUAUUACUAAGGAAAUACAGAAAGAUUCUAAAAUUGCGGCAGACAAAAUUAAAUCAGGAACAGAAGCUGUUUCGGAAACCACAGAGGCUGCAAAGGAUAAAACUGCCAAAGAAGCCAAAAAAGCAAAAGACAAAGCAGGUGGAUUCUUUUCUGGCAUAUUUAAAGGAGCAAAACACGCUGUGGAUGACGUUACGGAUGACGUCAAAGAAUUUUUAGACGACACAAAGCACGAAGCAGAAUUGGAAGAGGAACGGGCUCGUAAAGGUGCGGAAGAACUGGCUAAAGAUGCAAAAGACGCUAAAGACAAAGCCGUCAAAAGUGUUAAAGACUCAGCAGAAAAGAUUAAAGAAGUUAAGGAAAAAGUGACAUCAGAUAUUGACACUUCAGUAGAGAAGGCAAAAGAGAAAGUUAAAGAUAAAGUUUACGACGCAAAAGAUGCAAUGAAAGAUGCAGGUAAAAAGGUUUCAGAAGGUGUCCAUACUGCAGCCGAUUCUGUUCAAGACGCAGGUUCAAAAAUGGCAAAAGGAUUGGAAGACACCAAGGAUGCUGUUACUAAAGAACUAGAAAAAGAUUCGAAGAUUGCGGCAGACAAAAUUAAAUCAGGAGCAGAAGCUGUUUCCGAAAGUGCAGAGGCUGCAAAGGACAAAACUGCUAAAGAAGCCAAAAAAGCAAAGGACAAAGCUGGUGGAUUCUUUUCUGGCAUAUUUAAAGGAGCAAAACACGCUGUGGAUGACGUUACGGAUGACGUCAAAGAAUUUUUAGACGACACAAAGCAAGAAGCAGAAUUGGAAGAGGAACGGGCUCGUAAAGGUGCGGAAGAACUGGCUAAGGACGCCAAAGACAAAGCCGUCAAAAGUGUAAAAGAUUCAGCUGAAAAGAUUAAGGAUGUUAAAGAAAAAGUGUCAUCAGAAAUUAACACUUCAGUAGAGAAGGCAAAAGACAAAGUCAAAGAAGAAGUUGACGAUGCGAAAGAUGCAAUUAUUGGUGCAGGUAAAAAGGUUUCAGAAGGUGUCCAUACUGCAAGUGAUUCGGUUAAAGAUACUAGUACGAAAAUUGCAAAAGGUUUGGAAGACACCAAAGACGCUGUUAGUAAGGAAAUAGAAAAAGAUUCUAAAAUUGCGGCAGACAAAAUUAAAUCUGGAGCAGAAGCUGUUUCAGACACUGCUGAGGCUGCAAAGGAUAAAACUACUAAAGAAGCUAAAAAGGCUAAGGAAAAGGCUGGUGGAUUCCUUUCUGGAAUGUUUAAAGGAUCCAAACAUGCCGCUGAAAAUGCAGCUGAUGAUGUUGAUGAUUUAGUUGAGAAAGGAAAGAAGGGAGGUGAAAAAGAAGUAGAAAAAGGUGUCAAAGUAGUAGAUAAUGUAAAACAAGGUUUAAAGUCAGAUUUUGAAAAAGCAGCUGCAAAUGUACAGGAUAGUAUAGACAAAGCUAAAAUUGAAGUUUCAGAUGCAGGGAAGGCUGUAUCAGACAAAGCUGCAGAUGUUGCUAGUAAUGUCUCGGAAAAUAUAAAAGCAGGAACUGAUGCUGUAAAAGACGCAGGUAUAAAAGUUGAGAAAGGUUUAAAGGAAAAAAAAGAUGGUGUUGCGAAAGAAAUAGAAGUAGAUGCAAAAAUUGCGGCAGACAAAAUUAAAACAGGAGCAGAAGCUGUUUCAGAAACAGCAGAAGCUGCAAAACAUAAAAUUACUAAAGAGGCAAAGAAGGGAAAAGAUAAAGCUGGUGGAUUUUUCUCUGGAAUAUUUAAAGGAGCCAAGCAUGCAGUAGAUGAUGUAACUGGAGAUGUUAAGGAAUUCUUGGAUGAAACGAAGCAUGAAGCGGAAUUAGAAGAAGAACGUGCUCGAAAAGCUGCAGAUGAAUUAGCUAAAGAUUUAAAAGAAUCUAAAGACAAUGCAGUAAAAGGCGUUAAAGACUCAGCAGAAAAGGUUAAAGAAACAAAAGAUAAAAUUGUGACUCAGAUUGAUAGUUCUUUAGAUGAAGCUAAACAAAAACUUGUAGAUGGAGCACAGGAAUCUAAGGAAACACUAAAAGAUGGAGGCAAAUUAGUAAAAGAAGAUGUUAAUGCUACGGUAAAUGCUGUGAAAGAUGUAGGUUCCAAAGUUUCAGAAGGGGCAGUCGAAGCUAAAAAGGCAGCUCAGAAAGAAGUUAAGAAGGAUGCAAAGGUUGUAAAAGACAUCAAAGACAAAGCAGUUAAAAGUGUUAAAGACUCUGCUGAAAAGGCAAAGAAAGCUAAAGAUGACAUAGCGUCUGAUUUUGAUAGUUCAUUAGAUAAAACGAAGCAAACGGUUUCUGAUAAAGCGCACGAUGUAUCGGAUACAGUUAAACAGACUGGAAAAGAUAUGUCUACUAAAAUUACUGAAAGUAUUGAUGCCGUAAAGCAAUCUGGCGAUGAUGCGUCGAAGAAAAUUGAAGUAGUUGUAGAAUCUACAAAAGAUGCGGGUUCGAAAAUAGUUCAGGACGUCAUCGAUGUAAAACAUUCUGCAACAGAUGCCGUAAAAGACGCAGGUGUAAAAAUUGAGAAAGACUUAAAGAAAACAAAAGAUGCCGUUGAGAAAGAAAUAGAAACAGAUGCAAAAAUGGUAUCAGACAAAAUUAAAUCAGGAGCAGAAGCUGUUUCGGAAACCGCAGAGGCUGCAAAGGAUAAAACUGCCAAAGAAGCCAAAAAAGCAAAGGACAAAGCUGGAGGAUUCUUUUCUGGAAUAUUUAAAGGAGCCAAACACGCUGUAGAGGAUGUUACCGACGACGUAAAAGAAUUUGUAGACGAAACAAAACACGAAGCAGAAUUGGAAGAAGAACUGGCUCGUAAAGCUGCAGAAGAACUGGCUAAAAAUGCAAAAGACGCUAAAGACAAAGCCGUCAAAAGUGUUAAAGACUCAGUAGAAAAGGUUAAAGAAGUUAAGGAAAAAGUGACAUCAGAUAUUGACACUUCAGUAGAGAAGGCAAAAGAGAAAGUUAAAGAUAAAGUUCACGACGCAAAAGAUGCAGUGAAAGAUGCAGGUAAAAAGGUUUCAGAAGGUGUCCAUUCUGCAGCCGAUUCUGUUCUAGACGCAGGUUCAAAAAUGGCAAAAGGAUUGGAAGACACCAAGGAUGCUGUUACUAAGGAACUAGAAAAAGAUUCGAAGAUUGCGGCAGACAAAAUUAAAUCAGGAGCAGAAGCUGUUUCCGAAAGUGCAGAGGCUGCAAAGGACAAAUCUGCUAAAGAAGCCAAAAAAACUAAGGACAAAGCUGGAGGAUUCUUUUCUGGAAUAUUUAAAGGAGCCAAACACGCUGUAGAUGAUGUUGCAGAUGACGUAAAAGAAUUUGUAGACGAAACAAAGCAUGAAGCAGAAUUGGAAGAAGAACGGGCUCGUAAAGCUGCAGAAGAACUGGCUAAAGAUGCAAAAGACGCUAAAGACAAAGCCGUCAAAAGCGUCAAAGACUCUGCUGGAAAGAUGAAAGAUGCUAAUGAUAAAGUAGUAUCUGAUAUUGAUGCUUCGUUAGAUAAAGCAAAGCAAAAACUAUCAGAAGGAGCACAAGAUACAAAAGAUGUUGUGCAAGACGCUGGUUCUAAAAUUGACAAAGCUGUAGUCGACACAAAAGAUGCUUUUACCAAGGAAGUAAAGAAAGACUCCAAAAUUGUUGAAGAGAAAAUAAAAUCAGGUGCAGAGUCUGUUUCAGAAACAGCAAGGGCUGCAAAAACCAAAACUACAAAGGAGGCUAAGAAAGCGAAGGAUAAGGCGAGUGGUUUCUUGUCUGGAAUGUUUAAAGGUUCUAAACAUGCUGCAGAUGAGGUUGUUGGAGAUGUUAAAGAUCUAAUCGAUGAUACAAAAAGUGCUGCUAAAGAAGUAAAGGAUAAGUCUUUGAAGUCUGGUGAAAAAGUUAUUAAAGAUGCCAAAGAUGCUAGUGAUAAAGUUAUGUCAGAUAUUGAAACAGCAUCAGAAAAAAGUAAAUCUAAAGUAGAAGAGGAAACACGCAAUAUAUCUGAAGCAGUUAAAGAUGCUGGACAAAAAGUUGCUACUGAAGCUAAAGCAGGUGUUGAAUUAGUAAAAGACGCAGGUUCAAAAGUGGCACAAGAAGUCGUAGAUGCAAAAGAUGCUGCUACUAAGGAAGUAAAGAAAGACGCUAAGAUUAUAGAUGAGAAAAUAUCAGCAGAGGCAGAAGCUGUUUCAGAUACUGUUGAAGCAGCAAAAGAUAAAGCGGCCAAAGAAGCUAAAAAAGCAAAAGAAAAAACUGGUGGAUUCUUUUCUGGAAUAUUUAAAGGAGCAAAGCAUGCAGUAGACGAUGUAACUGGAGACGUUAAGGAAUUUUUGGAUGAAACAAAACAUGAAGCAGAAUUAGAGGAAGAACGAGCUCGAAAAGCGGCUGAAGAACUAUCAAAGGAAGUAAAGGAUUCUACCGAUAAAAUUAUUUCCAAAGUUAAAGAAUCAACAGAAAAAGCAAAAGCAAAAAUAUCAGCUGAUUCACAAGCUGUUUCUGAAAAGGUGAAAAAGGCAGGUGAUCAGGUAUCAAAGGAGACUGCAGCAGUAACUGAAGGAUUGAAAAAAACUGGAAAAGGAAUUGUAGAUGGUCUUUCUCAUGAAAAGGAUAUUGGUUUUACGCAAAUAGAACAAGAUAUUAAAAUAGUGGAAGAAAAGGCAUUGGGUGCAGGUAAAGAUUUGCCAUCAGUCGAUACUGGUAAGGGUCCUGAAGCUACGAUCAUAAAGGAUGUUAAGACUACCACCAAAGAAUUUUUAGAUGAUACAAGAAAAGCUACUGCUUCUGAUGAAGUUUUAACGCAUCCAGGUAAAUUAGAUGACAGUGCUCAUUCUUCUGAUGAAGCAAAAGAAAAGAGCGGAGGUUUCUUUGGUAUGUUUAAAAGUCCUAAAUCUCACAAAAAGAGAAGUAAGUCUAAAGAUAAAUAUUCUUCACAAGAAACUUCAUUUGAUAGUGGAGAUGAAGAAGCAAAAAUAAUUACAGCUAAAUUUUUGGAGGAUGUUCGUAAAACUGCAGAUGAUCCUAAAGAUACAUUUGUUAAGCAAGUAAAAUAUGACGUGAAAGUUAUUGACGAAAACGUAACAUCAGGUGUAACAGGAGCUGCACAAGUAGUGGAUACUGUUGGAGAUAAAGCUGAGAAGGAAACCAAGAAAGCCAAAGACAAAACUGGCAAAUUUUUCUCAGGUAUAUUUAAGGGUGUAAAACAUACAGGAGAUAAUCUUGUAGAGGAUGUUAAAGAACUUGAGGAAGAAAGUAGAAAGAAAGUUGAACGAGAAGAAGAACAAGCACGUAAACUUGUGGAUGAAAUUGCCAAAGAUAUUAUAGAUGUAGGUGAUAAAAGCGGUAAGGAAGUUGGAAAAGUUGUCGAUGACGUGAAGGAAGCAAAAACUGCUCUUAUGCAGGAAGUGAAAUCAGAUGCAGAAGCUGUAGAUGAAAAAAUAUUAGCAAUCACUGAAACUGCUUCUACAGUUUCAGAUGAUGCUAAGGAUAAAGUUGAGAAGGAAGGUAAAAAAGUUAAAGAUAAAACAAGUGGAUUCUUCUCUGGUAUUUUUAAAGGAGCAAAACAUGCUGUAGACGAUGUUACAGAUGAUGUUAAAGAGUUUUUAGAUGAAACGAAACAUGAAGCCGAAAUUGAAGAAGAAAAAUCACGUAAGGCAAUGGCAGAUUUGAAUAAAGACAUAAAGGACACUAAAGACAAGACUGUUUCUGAUCUUAAGGAUUCAGCUGAUAAAUUAAAACAGAAAAUUUCAGAAGAGGCUCAAGAUGCAACAGAGAAAGUUAAAGACGCAGGUGACAAAAUUACUAAAGGAGCAACACAAACAGUCGAAGACGUCAAGGCAGCCUCUAAGAAAGCGUCAAAAGAAAUCGAUGAAGCAAAGGAUUCUUCAAUUAAGGCUAUAAAGAAAGAUAUGAAAUUUGUUGAAGAGAAGGUUGGUUCCAGUGUGGAAUCUCUUUCACAUAAAAUUGAUGAUGCAAAAGACGCAACUGUGAAGGAAACGAAGAAAGCAAAGGAUAAAGCAGGCGGUUUCCUUUCCGGUAUUUUCAAAGGAAGUAAACAUGCAGCAGAAGGUGCCGUUGAAGAAGUAAAGGAAUUUGUUGAAGAAACGAAAAAAGAAGCCGAAAAGGAAAAAGAAAAAGUUGAUAAAACAGCAGAAAAGUUGUCGAAGGAUAUAAAGGAUACUAAAGAUAAUAUAGUAUCCGACAUUAAAGAUGCUAAAGAAAAAGUGGUAUCAGAUACUAAAGAUUCAACACAUAAGGCAAUGGCUAAAAUAUCUGAUGAAGUGGGUAAAGCAUCCGAAGCUAUGGAAAAGGCUGGAGAGAAAGUUCAUGAAGGAGUAGUAGCUGCAGUUGAUGAAGUCGAGAAAGACGGAAAAAUGAUUAAAGAGAAGGUGUCGUCUAGUGCAGCAGAUGUAGCUGAAAAAUCACGCGAUGUAAAAGAUAAAGCGGUUAAAGAAUCUAAGAAAGCAAAAGACAAAGCUGGUGGGUUCUUGUCUGGGAUAUUCAAGGGAGCCAAACAUACAGCUGAUGAAGUAAAAGAUGAUGUCAAAGACUUCUUAGUUGAGACAAAACACGAAGCUCAACUGGAAGAAGAACGUGCUAAAAAGGCGGCAAGUGAGUUAUCUAAGGAUGCGAAGGAUAUCAAGGAUCAUAUUGUUUCUGAAACAAAAGAAUCAGUGGAUAGUGCGAAAAAAGCAGUGGAUGAUAGUGCUCAUGCAGUAUCUGAAAAAGUAAAGGAUCUAAAUGAAAAAGUGUCAAAAAAGACUGCAGAAGUUACUGAUGAAGUAAAAGAAACUGCUGAUAGCCUUGGUCAAAAAGUAGCUGAUGUAAAAGAUUCGGUAGGCCAGAAAAUUGAAAAAGAUACUAAGACUGUUGAGGAAACUGCAGCUGGUGUUAAAGAUAAAGUUGCAAAAGAAUCAAAGAAGGCUAAAGAUAAAGCAAGUGGUCUUUUUUCAGGAAUAUUUAAAGGGUCUAAACAUUCAUCUGAAGAAGAUGAAAAGGACAUUAAAGAAUCCACCGACAAGGUAAAAAAAGAGACGAAGAAAGGAAAACAUCGUGGCCAAAAGGUAAUGGAUGAUACAGCCAAGGAUAUCAAAGGAUCUAAAGAAAAUGUGAAAGAAAGUACAGAAAAGGUAAAAGAUAAGGCAACAACUGAAACUGAUAAAGUAAAAGAUAAAUCAGGUGGUUUCUUUUCUGGUAUAAUAAAGGGAGUAAAACACGCAGUUGAUGAAGUUACUGAUGACGUCAAAGAGUUUCUAGACGAUACAAAACAUGAAGCUGAAUUGGAAGAAGAAAAAUCACGUAAAGCUGUUGAAACUGUAACCAAGGACAUCAAAGACACUAAAGAUAAUGUAAUUUCUGAGAUAAAGACUUCAACUGAUAAAGCAAAACAGGAAAUAUCACAAGAUAUUCACGACAUUUCGGAAAAAGUUCAAGAUAGUAGUGAAGCAGCAUCAAGAAAAAUUGAAGAUACUCUAGUUUCUGGUAUUAAAGAUGUUUCAGAAACUGCAAAAAAGACCGGUGAACAUGCAAAGCAAGAAGUAGAUGGUAUUACAAAAGAUGUUAAUAAAAUGUUGGAUGAUGUUGAGAAAAAGGCAAAUGAAAAAGAAGAAAGCGCUAUAAAAGCCGCAGAUGAAUUAACAACAAAUAUUAAAAAGACUACAAAAAAAGUUGCAACUGAUGUAAAAGUUGCAUCAAAGAAAGAUUCCGAUCAGUCUACGUCUGAAAAAUUAAAAAAUGCAGGUGACAAAAUGUCUAAAGGACCUGUCAAGGGAGCAACAUCAACUGUUAAAGGAACAUCUGCCAAAGGAACAACACCUGUAGCUGCUAAAAGAACUGUUACUAAAGAUGAUAUUAAGAAAGAUACAACUCCUAAAACUGUUAAAAAGGACCUGAAACCUAUUCAAAGAAAAAUAUCCUCAGGUUCUGAUUCAUCAGGUAAAGUAGCAUCUGUUGCUAAAGAGAAAACUGGUACAGAAACUAAAAAAUCGAAAGACAAAGCUGGAGGAUUUUUGUCAGGUAUAGUGAAAGGAGCAAAGCAUGUUGUUGAUGACGUUACCAGUGACGUGAAAGACUUUAUGGAUGAAACAAAAGUACAGACAGAAAUGGAAGAAGAAGAAGAGAUACGACAAGCUGUUGAUAAAUCAAAAGACAGUAAAAAAGAUUCUUCAGAUGGAGAAGUUUCGAAGAAGACCACAACUGUUCAGAGGAUAACGAAAGAAACAACGCCUCCAAGUACAAAAGUUAAAAAAUCAGGUCAAGAAAUUUCCAAAUCAGUGACUUCCGUUAAAACAACAACUUUAACAAGUGUAACAAAAACCACUAAAACUAUUAAAGAAAAAUCUGCUAGUCCCACCUUACCUGAAAGAAGAAAAUCAGGAAGUGUUCCAAAAGAAACUAAAGCCAUCAAGCAAGACUCAAAAACAACACCAGAAUCAACUAGACGUUCGUCUGCUGAAAAAUCGUCCAAAGUACCAAUUUUUGGGAAGACAAAGACAACGACAAGUCGUGUGACUAAAGAAAGUUCUCCAAAAGAAAAUGUUAAAUCUACAACAAAGACUACACAAAGAAGUAAAGAAUCUGUUUCUAAGCCAGAGACUAUAUCUUUGGAUCCCAAGGAAGCAAGCAAAUUACUUUUAAAUGAAGAAAAAUCUACAGCAGAAGAUAUUAGUCAAGAACCUAAAGAAUCUCGUAUUCCUCAAUUGGGUUCAGGAAGAAGUUCUUUGGAACGAGAUUCGUCAUCAGAUUCUGAAAAUAAGAGUAAAUCGAAAAAACCUAAGAAAAGCGGUAUCAUAUCCAAUAUCGUGAAAACCACCAAAAGUGCAACCCACAAAAUUGCAAAAGAAGUGGAUCAUGCAAAAGAAGGCCUAAAAGGUGUCACCGAGAAAUUCUGGGAAGACACAAAACGUGAAAGUCAAGAGGCAUCCAUUUCUGGUAGUUACGAUGUCUCAUCACCAGAGAGCAAUACUGACACAAUAAAAGAUGAAAUUGCAACGACCGAGUCAAAUAUUAAUGUAGAAACGUCAGGCGCGUUAGCUAGGUUAGUUGACACUGAAACAGAUCGUCCAAAAAUGAUUUAUGAAUUCAAAGAAGUAUCAAGCAUUCCAGAAGUAACAAUAGAAUCUAGAGAAGUUAGGGAAAUUAGAUUUACUACAGUAGGUGACUCAGGUACAAUUGUAGGGACUGAUAUUUUGAGUGAGUUAGGAAACAUCGAGCCUCGCGCAAGUCAAACCGUCACCACAGUCGUUACAAAGUCUGUGCGGACGGCAACGACCCCGCCACCCAGCCCCGCCGAGUUCAGUGACAAUAGCGUUAAAGACGUUACCGAGGAGGCAGAAAGACGAGCCCAAGAAUUAGCAAGCCAAGCACUCGAACUCAGACAACCAGGGCAUGAUUCGGCUGAGAUUGAUGGGACUGUAGAGAGGCAUGCUACUUCUGCUCCAACAAUGCAACCUGUUCCUGCCCCUCGUUUUACUGUCAACACGUCUAAAGCUAAUUUGGAACUAAAUAUUAAGGACGCCGCAUCGCCACAAACACGGAAGACAACUAAUAAAUCCAAGAUACCAGCACGUAAAAUUGAAAAACCUCAUAUUGAUGAUGAAAGCACAAGUCCAAAAGAGACGCUUUCUCCAAAAAGUAAAAUUCCCAUUAAGUUAAAGAGUCAAGAUGAUAUUUUAUCGAGGGAUGAAAGAACUAUUGAGACAAGAAGAUCAAUUGAUUCUAAACUUGGUUUGGAGAAUUUUACAGAGACUAUUACAACUUACAGUAGUCAUAGUAUUCCAUCGGAGGAAUUGGAGCAUUUACAAAAAAUGUUGCCAUCUGGAUUUGAAACUGAUGUUUCUAGACAAAUUGUCACGACUAGUUCACAAGAGACUGAUCCAGGUAUUGAUGAAUUACUUAAAGACGGCGAAGUGGUGACGAGUAAAAUAAUCAAGAAAACAAUGAUGACAACAUCUGAUAGUUUGGAACCGGAGGUAUGGACAGAAACAACGACAAAAACUCUACCUGAUGGAAAACAGGAGACUUGGCGAUCCGUUACGUCUGGUAGUUUACAAUCAGAAAUUUGGGAUACACAGUGUUCAUUGGAUACGUCACCUGGUUCAGGAAAUGGUGAUUUGUAUCCAAAAAAUGAAAACUAUAGGCAUGAGGUAAACAGUGAUACUGAUAGCGAAGGAUCGCCACAACCAAGAAGAAGAUCAUUGAGCAAGAGAAGAACUUUGGGCAGUUCUAGCGGAUCAGAUGUGGCACUGCAUGAAGGUGCUGAGCUCUCCCCAUUGGAAGACGACCAAGGUACCUCACUCACAGCUAACAUUCUAAAAUCUGACUUUUUACAACAAAGCGAGCCUUCCUAUAUGGAAACGACAACGACAGAAAUUGAUCCUGAAACAAACGAAAGAAUAACGAGAACAACGCGAGUAGUUACAACGACAGGAUCAUCAGGCAUUACUGGCGGUGCAGACGAGCUUCGAGAAUCAAUGCAAAAAAUAGUGGAUCAAUUUAUGGUGGAAGAUAGAAAGGGACAGUGAAGUGUCGAUUUAUCUUUGACAAACUCUGAGCAAAGUAAAAUUCUUGACACUGCAAAAAGAAAGGGGCAGACAUUAAAAAAACAAAAUUUUUUUUCUAAAUAAAACACUUUUCAAAAAGAGCACACUCUGUAUGAAUUUAGUUCGAUAUUUCCUCGCGUCGAGCUUUAUCUCAUACUCUUAAAAAAAAAAAACAAACAAAAAACCAAAAAAAGCAGAAAAAAAAUGAAAAAAGCUAAAUAGCAUUAAUAUAAAUAUAUAUAUUGUACCUUGGCCUAAUGGCAAAAAAAAAUCGAAUUUGUUUUAAUAAAAAAUAUUAUUCUCUUUGCUAGAUAGACUAGCAUUUUUCGCUAGUCUUUACUACGCCAGCCCGUCCAGUGCUUUUCUUUGUAAAGUGAAAGAGAAAAAUCUUGCUUUGCUUCCAUCAAAAUAAAAAAAAAAAAAAAAAAAAAUGUUUACCCUUGAAUGUCGCUUCUAAACAUUUUUGUGCAGAUAGAUUGUACUCUAUGAUUAUGAAGAAAAAAAUGAAGAUUAAAUUAUAAAUAGAUUUCUAUUGAAAGAAAUUACACUCUGUUAUCAAUUUAAGAAAGUGGAUAUAUCGUUGUCCGAUUAAGAAAAAUAAAAUUUAAAAAAAAAAAAGGAAAAUUAAGUAUUCUUCUCAUGUUGCUCGCUGUUAAAACUCAAAGACUUAGAAAUUGUCUAAGUUGCAAAUUUUAAGGCAAGGAAAAAAAAACGUCGACACUGCUUAUAAUAAUUAUUACUCGCGGUGUUUUCUAAUUUUUAUUUUUUUAAAAAAAUAAAUUGUUCAUCUUGCUGUCACACAAAACACAAACAAAAGCACAAUAAUCUUUGAGACUCUAAUACUGUUUUUGAUUUGAGCGACGGCAAGAUUUGAAUUUUUUUGUUUUGUCAAUCAUCAAAUUAUAUAAUGUACAUUUGAAUUAUUUAAUUAAAUUUUUUCUAACAAUUUUUUUUUUUCAUUGUGUAUAUUUAUAUAAUUAUAUUUACUUUUAGCGUAACUUAUAUACUAUUGUACUAUUUAAAAGAAUUGUAAUAAUAAUUAUUCGAUCUUGAUAUAUAUGAGGAAUAUUUUAUUUAUAUAUAAUAUAUGGAGAUAAUGACUGUUUUUGAAUUGUUACUUUUCUCGCAGGAAUAAUAAUAAUAAUAAUAUAAUAUAAUAUUAUUGUGAGAUAUGAAAUGAUGAAAUAUAGCGUAUUUUUUACUAUCAUUGUAAAAAUUACGAGAAAUAAUAAAAAAAAACAUAUAUAAAAUUAUUGCGGACAUUAUGUCAACAUUAUAAAUUCAAUGACCGAGAAAUUUCUUUAAAUAAUUAGCUUACGUGAAUUUAGCUAAAAACUUGUGUCAUUGUUUUUCUUUUUUUAAAUAUGGGAGAAGAAAAUCAUAUAUUGUAUCUAUUAUAAAUACAUUAUAUGUAUAUAAUAUAUGAAUUAGAAAAAUUUUCUAAUAUGAAGAUAUUCUAUUGAUAUAUAUAUUAUAUAUAUAUAUAUACAUAAAAAUGCUAUAUUGAGAAAUACAUAAAAUGUCUACGCAAAAUAAAGAUUUAUAAAUUAUUAAGCUGCAUACAAUAGACUUGCCUAGAGCCCACCCGACUUAAGGACCAAAGGCACAAUCAUAUGCAUAUAUAUAUAUAUAUAUAAAUAUAAAAAAUACCGAAAAUGCUCCUGUGUAAAUCUGUAAUGUUUAAUAAAUCUUUCAUGAUUCACGUGGUA